ACAUUUAACAAUUUUCCUAAACUCUUAACACGCCUAAAACACACAAUUGGUAAAAUGGUUAAUUUCAUGCUCAAAGUCACACAUCGUAAACUAAACCCCCCAAAACUAAAUUUUCAAAAUACAAUAAUAAACUAACAUUAGACACUGUGUCUAACAAAACACUGCAAACAUGUUUUAAAAUCAAAUCAUUUUUCAAAACACGAACACGUGUUCUCUUCCAACAGCAACAUUUAGUCAGUCGUAACAGUGACAGAGAAACACUAUCAGCAGCUGAAACGACAGAAACUGCAGUCUUCUGUGAGUCAGGUCUGCCCUGAUACAGCAGACAGCUGUUAUUGAUCACAGAUUGAGUUCUGCAUCGUAGUUUCUUCUGAAGCCUCUACAUCGUUGUUUCUGUUGGGUUUAGUAAAUGCAGGCAUAUUGUUCCUUUUCCACACGAGAUCAGCCCAAAGAGUUCUUUCAGAACAUGUGAUCAUGCGACUGAAACACCUGAGUGCGGUUCCUGAUGGGAAUCAGCUGCGAUUUAUAUAUUUGCAUAACUGCAAUCAGCUGUUUCUCAUUAGCAGUGGAAUAAAACACAGGGAAUAUAUUUGUGUUUCAGUUCACAGUAUGAACAGCUGUUCGCUUUGACUUUAGCCUGUAUAAGUUACGUUCAGAACACGAUGUUCUCUGUUCUGACAUACAGCUUGAAAGCGUUUGUAAAUCUGACUGUAAAGUUGUUUUGGUCUUUGAGCUCGUGUGUAAAAGAAGUUCAAGGGUUUUAAAUCGGUGUUAACUGUGUGCAUUUUGUAUCAAAGCAACAAGACGUGUGUUAAGUGUUUAGCCUACACAGACGGACGCUGUGCUAAAUGUUCAGAGUUUAGGAAACUUGUUAAAUGUAUUGAAAAAACUGUUACAACAUCACAGGGUUUUAUAGCCAUUCAUUUACUAGAAUAAACCUUUGAAUACCUGAAUAAGAAUUCCUUAAAUAUUUUAUGUAAAUCCCGUAACGCCUUAAACUCAUUAAUGAUUUCAGAUUAAUUAUAUAUUAAGUUCAGGGAAAGCCGUGAACCUCUUUAAGUGUACUUAAAAGUUUAAAAAACAUUUCAAAAGUCCUUAAUUAGGAGUUUAGUAGCCACAGAUAAAUAAAUCUGAUCAAAGUAAACACCUUCAUCCAGGUUGGUGUGUUUUUAUGGGUACAUUUAGGAUUAAUACAGGGGAUUUUAAUUCUUCCGGAAGUUGACUUCAGGUUUUAUUUUAAGAGACACCACCGGAAGUAGCAUGUAUAACUCUCCUAACUUAACACAGCAGGUGUGUCGUGACGUCACCAUGGUCCUCAGGUACCUCCUGUCCGCUCUGAUUAACAAAGCUCAGGUUGUGGAGAAACUGUCCGAGUCUCUUCCGGUCCGCAGCGCGGCUCGGCUCGCAGCCCGGGCCGUGCUGAGGGCGCAGCAGGCCGGCAGGGACGCCGCGGGCCGGGCGCUGAAGUCCCGGACGGUCCGGCAGAUCCGACAGGAGGCCGCGGAGGCUCCGGGAGGGCUGGGAGAGCUGAGCCGGAAGGCCCGGAGGAUCCGAGACUCCCUGCUGGAGGACGUUAAGGACGGUGUUAAUGACGCGUCCCGACAGAUCAAACACAAGAGGAAAUGAUGAUACAUCCACCAGGAACUAUCAAAAACUAAGUGAUGGACAAAAAGAUAUUUUGAAUGAAACAAUGUGAAAAUAUCAUUAAAAAUGUCUGACUUUA